AUGACGUUCUCUGAGAAAGAGAUAUCGGACGUAGAGAAGGGUGUGCAACAUGCAGCGGAGAAGAGCGAGGAAGGAAAUAAAUUUCCCGGUCACAAUGUCGGCGAGAACGCCGACGCCGACGAAACGAUAAGAAACCAUGACCCAGCAGCGCAACCUCCGCAAGAAGAAUAUGAAGAAGAAGAAGAGAUUGAACGAAUCUCUACGCAUCGCUCUCGCGUUGCUUCAACGAAACCAAACGCGCUCAAGCAGAUCACGAAAACGAUAACCGCCCGCUCGAAUGCGUCAGUCAUUGAUCCGGGCCCACCGCCUGAUGGAGGUGUCAAGGCCUGGUUGCAAGUGUUUGCGGGCAUGUUGGUUAUUACGAAUACUUGGGGUAUGACGGCAACGUUUGGUGUGUUUCAGAGUUAUUAUACGACGGAGCUGGGGAUGGAGGCAAGUGCUGUUAGUUGGAUUGGGAGCAUGCAGAUGUUGGGGCAUUUUGGACUCGGCAUGUUCACCGGCCGGGCCCUCGACGCCGGCUUUUUCCACUGGGUUGUGAUCCCCGGCAUGCUGCUCUCUGCUCUUGGCAUCUUCCUCACCAGUCUCUGCCACGAGUACUGGCAAUUCUUCCUCGCGCAAGGUCUCAUGAACGGAAUUGGCAACGGCUGCCAAUUCGCACCCACUAUGUCCCUCGUAACCACCUAUUUCGCGCGCAACCGUAGCGCCGCACUCGCGGUCAUGGCCUGCGGCUCCGCCAUCGGCGGCCUCCUCUACCCCACCAUCGUCCGCCAGCUGCUCCCUCAAAUUGGCUUCCAGUGGACAGUCCGGGUAAUGGGCUUCAUCAUGUUAGCCGUGGGCGCGUGCUACACCUCCCUCCUACGCCCGCGGCUCCCUCCCCGCAAGAGCGGCCCGUUGUUCGAACUCAGUGCCUUCCGCGAGGCGCCGUACACGCUCUACGCCAUCGGCCUGUUCCUCGUCUGUCUAGGGGUUUACUUCGCCUUCUACUACAUCAGCGCGUAUGCGGUGCAUGUCAUCGGUGUCUCCUACGGCACGUCUAUCAACCUCGUGCUCAUAUUGAACGGCAUGGGUCUUCCUGGGCGUCUUAUACCCGGGUACAUCGCGAACAGGUGGCUUGGACCGUACAACACGCUUAUCCCGCUCGCCCUCAUCACAAGCCUGCUCAUGUACUGCUGGGCGGCCGUCAAAACGAAAGCCUCGCUUUACGCAUUUACCAUCCUGUACGGUUUUUUCAGCGCGGGCUUUCAAGGCCUAUUCCCAGCGGUGAUGGCGAAUCUAACGAAGGAUUUGAGUAAGGUGGGGACGAGGAAUGGGAUGGGACUCAGUGUGGUGGGGUUUGCGAGUCUGGUGGGGCCGCCGAUUGCAGGAGCACUGAUCCAGAGUCGGGGCGGGGAUUAUACGGGAGCGCAGAUGUGGGCAGGGAGUGCGAUGCUGAUAGGGAGUCUGACGAUUGUGGCGGGCAGGAUAUGUAUUACUGGGUGGAGACUAAAAGAAAGGGUAUAA